AUGCAGCGCGAACGAUUGACCAUCGUGUUUCCGGAGCACUUUCGGUGCCACAUCACUACCAAGAACGCGAGGCUUCGGUGGGACCCGGAAGGUCCAAAUGAAGUUUACGUAAAGGUUGCGGCCAACACAACGCAAGACAAGUACGUCAAACUCAAACUGCUAAACUACAACGAUGUGAUUGCCGCCGACCGCCCCCGCUGA